AUGUCAUUGCCAAACGAUCUCGGGACCGAACGAGAGCUUUCCGAGCUUUCCGUAGAACUGGCUAGUCUUAAGGCUAGGCUGGAAGAAUUAGAGCAUCGCAAUGAAGCGAAAUCCCAAGCCCGAGCGGCACUGACUGCUCUCACAAAACGGUAUCGGAAAAAGGAGAAGUUACCAAGUCAUCCUUGCGGCGACAUACUACCUUACCGCUAUUCAUCUGAUGCCAAAGCCAAUUUGGGAAAGGACGUGAUUCCCAUUAUUGUGUUCGUAUGUUUCGCCAAAUACCUUUCAAAGAGUCAGGUGGAAGCUCUUGCUGCACAUGGACCGUCGUUAGCAAAGGCUAGCCUGCUUCUUGCAAAGGAGGAGUUCCAGUCGUCUUGGUUCGAUUGCUACAUGAACUGGAAAAAGUCAAAUUUUGAAAUGGCAUUUCAUUUCUUUCUGGAAGUGACGGAGGCUGUCAAAGCCAAAGAUUGCGGUAUUCUAGAGGCAGGACGACCCGAUGCCACUAGAGCAGGUCGCAAGAGGGUUACGGCAUCGCCGAGUGGAGUCGGUGUUUUAGGGCAGAAGAGACAACGCACCGAACGAGCACAACUGUCUUGCCAGCCUGAAUCCGCCAACCUCCACCCGCUUGAGCACAAUGCACCUCAUGAUGAGCGUACCCGAGACAACUCAGUCCCUCAAGUUGACGUCCCUCAAGUUGACGUCCCUCAAGUUGACGUCCCUCACAAUUGGAGUGUGCAGGGCGUAAGUUCGCAGGCCUUGUAUGGAGGGCAACUCGACAACACAUUUGGGGCAACAGGUGAUCAACGAAUCCUAGAGAAAGACAAUCUCGACUUUUCGCCUCUCGCUUAUCUGCCGUAUGGUGAGAUUACCCGUCCAAUACUCAUGCCCGCCUACUAA